AUGGACAGCCAGGAAUUUGUUGUACUAUAUACUCACCAAAAAAUGAAGAAGUCAAAAGUGUGGCAAGAUGGAACUCUGAAGAUCACUCCCUUGGGAAACAAAGCAAUUUUAUAUGAUGACAAAGGAGAAUGUUUGGAGAGUAUAUUUCUUAAGUGCCUUGAGGUGAAGCCUGGAGAUGACUUAGAAGGUGAUCGAUACUUAAUCACAGUUGAGGAGAUUAAAGUUGCUGGAAGCAUAGCUAUGAAACAGGAUGUCAGUAAAGAAGCACCAGAGUUAAGUCCAAGGAGGUUUACAUCUUCUGGCCGGUUCCUUGGAUGUAAGCCUGCUGGUUUAAAAAGGAAGUUUACUGGUUUUCGAGGACCACGUCAAGUGCCAAAGAAAAUGAUUAUUACAGAAAAUGGUGAAUCAGCUGCAUCACUUGAGGCUAAGAAACCUGGCCCUAAUUUUCUUUCUCCCUUGUAUAGCACACCCCCUUUGUUUUCUGUUGCUGGCAAGAAAGAUACAAAUAAUAUGCCAAUAGACCCUGAGAACAUUGUCACUUCCAGGAACAGAGAAGCAAAUAGCUCACAUUUUUCUUCAGUUGUCUGUACUCCAUCUUUUAAGAGCAACCCAGAAAUGCUAUAUGAAGAAAAUUAUUCUUGCUCUCCUGUCUGUUCUGUAAAUAAGCAUUCAGAUUCUUUACUGACUAAUGAGGCCAUAAAAAAAGAUGAUUUGGCAUCUCACUCUUUGGGAGUUUCACAAAAUAUCAGAAGCAAAGCACAAAUAGUAGCUCUUUUGAAGUCCAAAUCAACUAUGUGUGAAGAGCUAAAUUCUGGGAUUACAGAACAUCUCCCUCAGAUACAACUACAAGGAAGUAUAAACAUUCCUACUAAACCAAAGUGCAUAAUUGAACAGGAGUGUGCUGAAGUGAAGAGCACAGAAAGUUUACACUACCAGCAUCCAUCAGAAAAAACCAUGAGAAAUAAAAGUCGAUGGGCCAUGUAUUUAUCCUCACAGAAUUCACCUGUACAUUCUUCUACUGAAGAUGGAAAUAAUAUAGAAGGGAGAACCAAGGCCCAGAGAGACAAUAUAAAUUUAAAUUUGAAAGACCUUUUGGUACAAGAAAAGAUACAGUUCUCUGAAACAUGUGCUGAAGAGGGUAAGAAGUAUAAUGAAGACAAGCUGGUAGAUGCUAAUGAUCAAUCUUGGGAUCAGGAAGUAAAAGUGGAAAUUCCUUCACUCUGUGAAGGCAACCAUGUACCAGUGACCUGUAGCAAUGUAGAGAAUGAGGGCUUAUUAUCAGAACCUGACAUUCAAAAAAGUAAUAAAAUACCUGUUAAUGAAAAUGGCCGGAUGUGUCCAAAAGGAUCAGUUCUCAUUAGAGAAAAUACUCAGGAGAUAAAUAUAUGUGGAACACCAGAAGAGUACAGACAGCCAAUGUCGUUUCUGCCAGAAUCUGAACAUCUACAGAUUGAAUCUUCUAUAAGUAACAAUUCUAGGAUCUCUGGGGACUUUACCAACAUGCUUUCUGAAAGUAAUACUGGAAAUGAAAGUCUUCAUAAUAUUGCCAAACCUAUGAGCAAUGUAACACAGCCUCUUGUGGAGGUGACUUUUAAUCUGAGCAAUUUUGAAACCAGUGACACUGAGGAGGAGUCACAGGAAAACAACAGAAUUUCCCAGGAAUCAGGGAGUUGCGUAAAGGAAACUUUGGUUAAUGACAGUAGUCCAAGUGUUCAAAAGAGAUGUGAAGAUAGAAGCUGUAAGAAAGUUGGCAGUGAACAUUUGUCUCUCUUAACGUCUAUUGGGGAUAAACCUACAGAGACUUUUACUAUUAAAGAGACUCUUCCAUCACAGUUUUGUGAUAAAGUUUAUGAGGGUUUUGACACAGAAUCUUGGAAAGCUGGAAACAUUAGAAGAGAAACAGAAGAGUAUAGUGACACAUUAAGCAAUUUUGACUCAUCCUUAGAGUGGACUGAUGAUGUAUAUGUAGAUAAUAAUGAAGAUGUUAAUACAUCUAUUCAAAAAGUGAGAAUUAACUAUGAUACUGCUUUACUACUGAGUAAAUCUAAAGAUGUAAGCUCAAAUUUACAUAUUCCUCAUUUAAACAUAGCCACUAAUCAGACUCCUGAAAGUAGCCUAGUUUCAGACCAGGAUGAGCCUCAGCCAUUUAUUAUGGGAAGUAAUUUAGACAACGAUGAAUGGGUUUUACCAUCAACUUCUAGCAGUGAUAUCAGUAUCCAACAAUUAAAUGUCCAUCAGAAUCACUCUGAAGAAAGUAUUGCACUUGAUAAAUCAAAUACUCAAGUUUCUAAUUCUUUAUUUUACCCUCUGGGAAAAAAUCAUCCAAUUUUCAAAGACGCAGAAAUGUGUAUUCCUGAAUCUGAAGAUUUGGGAGGGAUUAGUUUAGACCAUGACCAUAUUGAAGUAGAAACUGCUGAGGAAAGUGAACAAUAUGGGAAUCUUCCUAGAAAUCCUUCAGAAUUCUCUGGAUUAGUAAAUAACAUUUCCCUUUUAAAGUCAUUGUCUGAACACAGUACGGCUUUAGAAGGCUUGGAAAUAUUGAAAAAGAAAACUACUGCCUUUAAACAACAAGGAACUCUGCAGACAAAUGAACUGGACAGCAAUCCUGAAGCCAGGAAGCUAUUGACUGCAGCAGUUUCACACACUUUACCAACGUUUCCUCAUCUGAACCAGGAUUCUCAACAGGUUAUAAAAGAAAAUGAAGUCAAACCAAGUGAAUCACUUCAGUCUUUGGAGGUCUUUCCCUUGGGAGAAAAAGAAGCAACUACUUUUCUAGAUGUUAUUCCUAAACAGCUAGAGAGAGAAACCUGUGACCCUAAGCCUGUUGAGUUUCAAGGGUACAAAGUGAAAGGAUCAGCUGCUAGCGCUGUGAUGGUCAGAGGAUACAAUUCACAGCUAGAAUGCAGUCAGUUUCCAGAUAGUCUUGAAUAUGAAAACUGCAUGACGGACUCUUGUCUUUUGACACCAAAAUUGACUAGUGCUUGUAUGCAGAUUGAUUUCUUGCAGGUGACAUCACCAGAACAAAAGAUCUCGACAUUGAAUCCUGUGUCUACUUUUUCUUUGAACUCAAGAGAUAAAGACUUUGUGCUAGAAUUCUCUAAGGAGUCCCUGAAAGCAAGAACUUUAUCUGGUGACUUUCACUUCCUCAGCUUAGACUUUCUCAAAAAACCCAGUUCUCUGGAGAAUAAGAACUUUCAAAGGCUUCCAUUAGUAAGUAGAACCCGAGUUCCACAUAUUACUUUAUCACCUGUUGAUAGGUCAUCAGAUUUAGAUUCUUGUUCAUACGCGGUCAACUCUGACAGGCAAGACUCUUCUCGUUCUCCCAUAUUCAACUUGAGUGAAGAAUCAGCAGUCCUUUCUUUUAGCUUUGGGCUUGACGACCAAGGUGAAACUUCCUUCUCUAAAGAAUCUAGAGAAGUGACUCCAGAGGACGUUUUACUUCUUAAUAAUAAAUCUACUCAAAGCAAGUGGCUGAAAUAUCAAAACGUACCCCUACGCAACUUGACUACUCCAAACGUAGUUGAUAAAGUAACAGGUGGCUUCUCUGCUGAGGUUGUUUCUGGGACACAUUUUAGUGACCUGGGUGAAAGACAGAGUGAUGCUGUGAUUGAAAGCUCUUUACACUCCAUGCAUUUGCAAAUGAUAAAAGACAUGCUCCAUCAACAGCAACAGGAGUUUAGCAGUCAAGAUUUGAUUUCCAGAAAGAAAGCACUAUCUUUGAACUUAAAGCAGACUUCUCAGACUGAGAAAAUUCACAGUGUGUUAGGAGAGUCAGCUUGCUACAACUACAGUGUAACAGGAGAUUUCCAGGAGAUAAGUGGCUCUGAGCUAUGCUUCCCAAGUGGGCAGAAAAUAAAAUCUGCUUAUCUUCCCCAAAGGCAAAUUAAUAUACCAGCAGUUUUUCAGUCUCCUGCUCAUUAUAAGCAAAUUUUUACAUCUUGUCUCACAGAACAUCUAAAUAUAUUGCUGUUUGGGUUGGCACAGAGGUUGCACAAAGCUCUUUCAAAAGUUGACAUAUCAUUUUACACAUCAUUAAAGGAAGAGAAACUGAAAAAUGUAGAAAGUAGUGUGCCAUGCUGCCAUCAUCAUCAACCUGCAAAACUUGUCAUGGUUAAAAAGGAAGGUCCAAAUAAGGGUCGCCUCUUUUAUGCCUGUGAUGGACCCAAAGCUGACCGAUGUAAAUUUUUCAAGUGGCUUGACGAAGUGACCCCAGGACAUUUAACACAGGAAGCCUCUCUACCUAGCAUGGUUUUAAGUGAUAUAAAGAGUAUUGGUUUAUAUUUAAGAAGUCAAAAGAUACCCCUCUUUGAGGAAUGCCAGCUUUUGGUGAGAAAAGGAUUUGCCUUUCAAAGAAAACAGUAUGGCAAGCUAAAGAAGCUUACUACUGUAAGUCCUGAAUUUUAUAGUGAACCUAAAAGCAAACUUUAUCUUAAGCUGAGUCGGAAGGAAAGUUCUUCAACUUAUAGUAAAAAUGAUCUUUGGGUGAUUUCAAAAACCCUAGACUUUGAAUUGGAUACUUUCAUUGCAAGUAGUGCUUUCUUUGGACCAUCAUCUACCAAUGAAGUGGAGCUACUACCUUUGAAAGGUUAUUUCCCCUCUAAUUGGCCCACUAACAUAGUGGUCCAUGCAUUGUUGGUCUGUAAUGCUAGCACAGAGCUGACCACUUUGAAAAACAUUCAGGACUACUUUAACCCAGCUACCCUACCUCUAACACCGUACCUGCUGACAAUGCCUUCAUCAACUAUAGUUAGCAACAAGAAAGUCAGUAAGAGAAAAUUUAUCCCACCAGCCUUCUCAAAUAUCAACACAAAAUUUGAACUGCUCGGCCUGGAAGCAACAUUGCAGUUAGCUAGUCAAUUAAUUCGGGAACACAAGUUAAAUGAGGAUCAAUCUACCGCCUUAAUUCAGAUAGCUCAAAUGAUGGCAUCGCACGAAAAUGCUGAAGUAAAGGAAUUGCAAACGCAUACCCUCCCUAUCACGAUCAUACAUGGUGUUUUUGGAGCAGGAAAGAGUUAUUUGCUGGCAGUGGUGAUUUUGUUUUUUGUACAGCUAUUUGAAAAGAGUGAAGUUCCUACAGCUGGAAAUGCAAGACCAUGGAAACUUCUCAUUUCUUCUUCCACUAAUGUGGCUGUGGACAGAGUACUUCUUGGGCUUCUCAAUCUUGGAUUUGAAAAGUUCGUCAGAGUUGGGAGUGUUAGGAAGAUUGCCAAACCAAUUCUACCUUAUAGUUUGCAUGCUGGCUCAGAAAAUGAAAGUGAACAACUAAAAGAACUACUUGCACUUCUGAAGGAAGACUUAACUCCUGUGGAAAAGGUCUAUGUCAGAAAGAGUAUUGAGCAGCAUAAACUGGGGACCAAUAAAACCCUGCUGAAGCAGGUGCGGGUAGUUGGAGUUACCUGUGCAGCCUGCCCGUUCCCAUGCAUGAAUGAUCUUAAAUUUCCUGUAGUUGUGCUGGAUGAGUGUAGUCAAAUAACUGAACCGGCCUCUCUCCUUCCCAUUGCAAGGUUCGAGUGUGAAAAGCUGAUUCUUGUUGGAGAUCCUAAACAGCUUCCUCCUACUAUUCAGGGUUCUGAUGCAGCUCAUGAAAAUGGAUUGGAACAAACUCUUUUUGAUCGACUUUGCUUAAUGGGUCAUAAGCCAGUUCUGUUGAGAACCCAGUACCGUUGUCACCCUGCAAUCAGUGCUAUUUCUAAUGACCUGUUUUAUGAAGGAAACCUCAUGAAUGGCAUUUCAGAAACCGAGAGGAGCCCUUUAUUGGAAUGGCUCCCAACUCUGUGUUUCUAUAACGUUCAAGGACUGGAACAGAUUGAAAGAGAUAACAGCUUUCAUAAUGUGGCAGAAGCCGCUUUCACCCUCAAGCUGAUUCAAUCACUGAUUGCAAGUGGGACGGCAGGCUCAGCGAUUGGGGUGGUAACUUUAUACAAAUCCCAGGCGCACAAGCUUUGCCAUUCACUCGGUGCCGUGGACUUCGAUCACCCUGGUAUUAAAGCUGUGCAGGUAUCCACAGUAGAUGCUUUCCAGGGAGCCGAAAAGGAGAUCAUUAUUCUGUCCUGUGUAAGGACAAGACAAGUAGGAUUUAUUGAUUCAGAAAAAAGAAUGAAUGUUGCAUUGACCAGAGGAAGGAGGCAUUUACUGAUCGUGGGAAAUUUAGCCUGUUUGCGGAAAAAUCGACUCUGGGGACGCGUGAUCCAACACUGUGAAGGAAGGGAAGAUGGAUUACAACAUGCGAGCCAGUAUGAACUCCUGCUGAACCGUCUUCUUAAAGAUUAUUUCGAAAAACAAGCUGAAGAAAAACAAAAAAAAAGAGUGAAAUAGAAAAAUCUCAUUCACAAAAAGUCAUGGCAUAGAUCAUUUGCAUUUAUAUAAAUUCAUUUUGCACUAUAUAUAUUUUUAUUAUAAUUUUUA